AUGACGAUAUCCGAAUUCAGCCAGAAGUGUGAGAAGCUACUUGAGACAUGCUCAGACGCUGCGUCAUGUAACACAUCUACUCAUACACAAGGACAGACAACCUCGCACGAGACACAAGGGGUGUAUCCGAGUUGCCUGUUGCUAGGUCAGAAAGAGACAUGUGAAGCUUUGGAAAUGGAGAAAGGACGCUUCAGAGUGUGGCAGAGAAGAAUGAGCCGUGUCAGCUAUCCGGAAUUAUCAACCAUGCUGCAUUCAGUCCCUGACACUGACCAACUCCACGAUAUCCUUACGGGAGCAGCGCCAAACAGGACCACUACCAUCGCAGCUACUCUUACAAAACAAAAUGAAGAGACCAAAUCAGAGUUGUCUGAACUAAUCCUCGGCUUGGCAGACGGUCAUUAUUCACAUAGCUUGGAUGCCGAGGAGACAGAAUUGGAAGUUCAACCCUGGCUUGAGAAGCGUUGGGAAUAUGUAUCACUAAGGAAAAGUCGCCAAGAACGGACUAUUGAGGUGCAUGAAAAUAUCAGUCCCGACCAACAAUCUGGGCAACAAAUCUCACAACAAUUGAGCGGCCCUCCUGGUGCUACCUAUGGCGAGGGAACGUACGAUCUCGCACCGGAUGUUUUACUACCAGAGAGGCUCUCACUGAAUGAUUUCGAAUCAUAUUUUCUCGAAACAGAUGUAACCACGGUGAGCGAAGAAGACAAGCAAUGGAUCUUCACCGGAUCCUACAACUUUGCUCCAGGUGGCCUGCUCCAGCUAGGUCAGAUCCUCGCGGAACCCGUGGAGCCUUGGAGCAAGGUGUUAUCCACUGGACCUUUGGAAUUGCCCCUGGACACGGUGGUGCAUAUCACAUCGAGCAUGGAGAGCAAUAAUGAGAUUGUCCGUCAGUUCAGUGCAUGGGUAAAGGCUGGACAGAAACGGGCGUCCUUCCAGAAAGGUGUGACCGUGCAAGAAUCACAUGAGCACGUCUGGAAUUUCAACACCCUCGAGAGCCAUACGACAUCGCCCUCAUUAGAUUACGUCAAGGCGACAUUAAAACACAAUGAUUUGUUCAAAAGGCUUAGACGCAACCCGUUUAUGAGUUCUUUAUAUAUGGUAACGGGCUUACGUGUGGCCAAGGGAGCAAACAUGCGACGAAAUGGCCAGUCGCCUAUGGACAUACAGGUGAUUGGAUCAAACAGUGGCCCAGCGGUUGGAAUUCAGGUUGAUACAAGCCAGCGAGAGUCUCAGGUGCUUGGCAUGGUGCCCGAUUUUAUUUUGGCGUAUCGAUUGAACGAGAUUCAGUGCGGUUUCCUGAGCCGCAAAGUUACACAAAAGCCAUUCAAGAGAGGACGAGGACUAAGGGAUUAUUUGAAUGGAGAGUAA